AUGUUUUUACAAUUACCUGAUAUUGAACCAUUACUCUCUGAAAAUAUUUUAUCAAAAUUUAAACAUACUUUUCUUAUUCAUGAUCCUGAAAAAUCUGUAAAAUCAUUCUAUAGAUCUAUAAAUAAAUCUAAUAAUAAAAAGUUAAAUUUUAAUAGAAUCAGUAUUGAAGAAUUAAGAAAACUUUAUGAUAUAAUUAAAAAUACAAUUAAUAAAGAAAUUUUAUUAAUAGAUGCAGAUGAUCUAGUUGAAAAUCCUGAAAAAAUAUUAAGAAAAUAUU